AUGCUAUCGUUAUCUUCAGAGCGCGUUGAGGCCUGCCAGGGAAGACGCGCUGCGCUUUGGCUCCUCUGGUGGUGUCUUCGGCUCCUGCUAGGAGGCACACUUGCGAUCGCUUCAUCUCCGAUUCUCGCCGUACUAUUUCUCGAUUUGAAGCAUACUGCUCUUGUGCGCGAAUGGAGAAAAACGGCUUUAGUUCUUGCGCAGUUCUUGCUGAAAAUAUUUGGCACUGAUGUCGUCCUCGCAGAUAACGCACGUCAAUUUCGGACAAGGUUAGGGUACUUGCGUGACCCGCUGGUGUUAGCCUGGCACUCAACGUUGCAAGCUGGGUAUCGAACCUGCACAUACGACCAGCCGGGGCGAUGGAUGACCAACCGUGAGCUCAGCGCGCUCGUUCGCCUGAUCGAGCACGUUGGACGCAAUUCCAUGGACGCACUCCCGAGUUACGGUGUAUUUGGGCCUAGACCGCGUGCAGCACUCGCUAAUCGUAUUGUGACGGUUGCAUUCGCUCCUGACGGUGAACCGUGCGCCUUCACCGCAAUGGUGUAUCUGGACACGUCUGGCCUGGGCUCCGAAAGAGGCGCACACGGAGCGUACCCCUUUGUCAUCCAUCUCGGGCUCACCAUGAUCUCUAUGAAGCAUCGCGGGCGCCGGAUACAGUCACCAGUCUUCAGCAAGUGUUUGAUGCUGCCACUUCUGAACCAGCGGAGAUGCACUUUCACCGUUACGAAUAUUGGCGCGUCGCCUGCCGGAAUCGGGGCUGUCUGCGACUACUUCUUGGACGCCUUCCCCGACUAUUUGGGACGGAUUCCGCGUUCGACCUUCCACGUGGAUAUUGCACGUUUUAUCCUCUCCAGGUAUCGAGACGAAUUCGGUUGCAGCAGGAACGCCGUCUUCGAUGAUGGUGUUUUCGUUGUACGUGGUAGUAACCAGGCAGCGGGCGGCGGGGCUGCCGUCUUCAUCAAGGCCGACGGCUUACCGACAAGUCGCUAUCGCGACGAGCGCUGUAACCGCUUCUGUGCGGCCAUGCUGGACUUGCGCAGCGGUGAUGAGAUAUUCCAGGUGGCCCGCAUCCACUUGUUUGCGACGCUCUUUCGGUAUCGGAGAAUGCGCUCCACCGUACGAAUGGAUCCAGCCGCUGUCGCCGCCGCCGCCGCUGCUUCAGUCGAUACAGGCGCGAACAGGAAAGGAGUUCCAGAGCGCCAACAUGGAAACGGAUUUUGGGUAUCGAAGGUGCCCGAUGCGGCACAUUCCAAAGUUUCCACGCUCAAGAGUCUAGCAAUAAGUGCUGCUGCCGAGAGCACUUGGGCCUCGGCAUCCGUUUACAGUGUUGGUGGCGGUAGCGGCAAAGCCAGGUCGUUGCUGCUGCAGCGACCGUGCGUCAGCAGCGCGAGUCUCUUGCUGCUUUCGAGCAUGGUUGCCUUGGGGGUAGCGGUGGUGGUCAUAAGCGCAGCGCGGUAUUCUUGGCUCUUCGUUCCGACCCAUCUUGGCACACCGUCUAUGCUCUUGUUGCGGAGGCAGUGA